UGUGCAGCCCUGCUGAUUCAGGCGCAUAGAGCUGCAGCAGAAGGAGGAGGAGAAGGAGGAGGAGGAGUGUGUUUGUGGGCAGACAGUCAGCAGGACCAGAGUCCCAGCGGCAGUUUAGGAGAGUCUGAGCGGGGAAAUCAGCGUCCAAUACGGGAUAACUCAGAAGAGGGAUCCGCGAUGAGUUGGGGAACGGAAAUCUGGGACCAGUUUGAUAAUCUGGACAAACACACCCAGUGGGGCAUCGACUUUAUUGAACGCUAUGCAAAGUUUGUCAAGGAGAGGCUGGACAUAGAGCAAACCUAUGCCAAGCAGCUAAGGAACUUGGUGAAGAAAUACUGUCCUAAACGCUCUAAAGAAGAGGAGCCGAGGUUCACAUCAUGUCUGUCUUUCUACUCCGUACUGAAUGAACUCAACGACUACGCCGGGCAGAGGGAGGUCGUUGCCGAGGAGAUGACUCACAAGGUGUACGGAGAGCUGAUGAGGUACAGCCAAGACUUCAAAGCUGAGAGGAAGCAUCAUCUACAGGAGGGCAGGAAGGCCCAGCAGCAUUUGGAUCAUUGCUGGAAACAGAUGGACAAUAGUAAAAGGAAGUUUGAGAGGGAGUGUAAAGAAGCAGAGAAAUCCCAGAUUACCUAUGAUCGGUUAGAUAAUGACAUCAACGCCACUAAAUCGGAGGUGGAGAAGGCCAAAGCCCAGUUCUACCUGCGCACCCACAUGGCCGACGAGAGUAAGAACGAGUACGCCGCUCAGCUACAGAACUUCAACGGAGAGCAGUGGAAACAUUUCAACAAUGCCAUACCACACAUCUUCAAGAAUCUGCAGGACAUGGACGAACGUCGGACGGUAAAGCUCGGUGAGACGUACCGGAGCUUCGCCGAGGCGGAGCGCAGAGUCAUUCCCAUCGUCUCCAAAUGUCUAGAAGGGAUGGUUUCUGCUGCCAAAGCUGUCGAUAGCCGAAAGGAUUCAAUAAUUGUGGUGGAGUCGUUUAAAUCGGGCUUCGACCCUCCAGGCGACUUCCCCUUCGAGGACUUCAGUCAGCAUCUGAGCAGGUCAGGUUCAGAUGGGACCAUCAGCAGCACACCCAAAGUAGAGAGAGAACGAGAGGCCCCGGCGCCACGGUCCGACCCUAAACACCCCAUGAGCAAAACCAAGAACAAACUGUGGCUGUUUGGGAAGAAACCAAAGUCUCCUUCCUCCUCUCCCCCUUCACCACCUUCGUCCUCUUCCUCCCGUUCCCGGUUCAGCACUGACUUAGUGAGCCACUAUCGCUCUGAGAUAAAGACUACACCCAGAAAGCCUCAGAAUUUGAAAGGCCUGAGAAGAGGGGUGAGACAGGAGGCCCCAUCUCUGGAGGAUUACAGCCACUUGCCGCCCGAGCAGAGGAGGAAGAGGCUGCAGCAGAGGAUCGACGAACUCGGAAAAGAGCUCCAGAAAGAGAUAGAUCAGAGAGAUGCCCUGAACAAGAUGAAGGAUGUGUAUGAGAAGAAUCCACAGAUGGGAGACCCCAUCAGCCUGCAGCCCAAAAUAUCAGAGACUAUGUGUAACAUAGAGAAGCUGCGCUCAGAAAUCCACAAAAACGAGACUUGGUUAUCGGAGGUGGAGGGGAAGCAGAGCUCCAGAGGAGACAGACGACACAGCGCCGACAACCACCAUCACACUCCUCAAGGCAGAGAGAGUCCUGAGGGCAGUUACACAGACGACACCAGUCAGGAGCAUCAGGCGCCUCAGAAGCGCACGACGCCUCCAAAGCCCGGGCAACCCAACCCCGACCCGCACGAGUUUGACGACGAAUUUGACGAUGACGACCCGCUGCCGGUCAUCGGACACUGCAAAGCGCUCUACUCCUUCGAUGGUCAGAACGAGGGGACACUGGUGAUGGCAGACGACGAGGUGUUGUACAUCAUCGAGGAGGACAAAGGCGACGGCUGGACGAGGGCGAGGAAGCAGAGCGGCGAGGAGGGCUACGUCCCAACCUCCUACGUAGAAAUCACCAUGGAGAAAAACAGCAAAGGUGCUGUCACCUACAUCUGAGUCUAACACUGUGUUCUCAUCCUGUCUGUCGUCCUCUCCAUCCUCCCCGUUUUCUCUUUCUCAAAAUAACACUACAAAAAGGAAACAAAGACAGCAUCUCCACAUCUGCAUGGACAGUCAUGUGUUUUCUGAUUUCCAUCUCAUCUCUCUAUCCUCCUGUUUAUCCCUCUUACUGUAAUCAUUCGUCCUCCUGUCAUAUCUGGGGGACUGGUGUAUCAGAGGUGAGUGUAAGAGAACAGAGACAAAUAGGAAAACCCUUUUUAAAUGGUGUGUGAAUGUAUACGAGGCAUUUCUGUGUGUGUGUGUGUUGAGGCCACACCUCUUCUUAUCGAUCAAAGUCUUUAAGUUGUAUGUAAUAUAUUAGAAAUGAUCUAUUUUUUAAUUAUUUGUAAUGUUUCUUUUUUUUAAUGGAGAAUUUUAAAACUGAUUUUAAGCUC